AUGGCACCGCCCACGAUCGAAGAUCUGCAGGAACAGGUGACGCAAUUGCAGGCUGCCUUACAAGAGGCCUUAGGUCAGCCCAACGCGAGUCCCGCGCGCGUGGAUUCGUACAGAGUUCCGAAAAUUCCGCCGUUUUUAAUUAAGGAUCCGGUAAUAUGGUUUAUACAAAUAGAGUCGACGUUCGAAGCUGCACGCAUCACGGAUCAGAAAACCAAAGCUCAUUACGUUAUAAUGUCACUCGACGCGGAGGCUAUCGCGUGCUGUAGAGACCUCAUCGCAGAGCCUGACGCGAAUGAACCUUAUUCUAAAUUAAAAGAGCGUAUAAUCGACAGGUUUUCCGCAUCUGCUGAAAGUCAAUUACGGCAAUUAAUUAAGGGGCAGGUAUUGACAUCGGGGAAACCGUCGCAUAUCCUCAGUAGGUUGCGUAAUUUGAAUCCGGACAAGCGAUGCGACGACGCGGUGCUAAAAACAAUUUUCUUUGAAUACCUUCCACCGUACGUGAGAGGCAUCCUCGCGACUUCGGAGAGCACGAAUCUCGACAAACUGGCUAAAAUGGCCGACACGAUAACCGAAACUUCUAACGACUCGGCGCUGUGCGUAGCUGCAGCGCAGCAACAGGCAAAACCGUCCGAUCUUGAGAGCAAAAUAGAUCGUCUUGCAACGGACUUAGCAACUCUCGCGACGCAAGUUAAACGCAUUAGUAGACCCCAAACUAAAGACGCAGCAAAUAAAACUCGCAAGCGAUCUAAGAGUAGACGACCUAGCGUUUGUUGGCCGCACAGAACAUUUGGAGAAAAAGCGCGCGCUUGUCAGGGAACCAAGGAAUCCCCGUGCUCUUGGCCCAAACCCCAAGCAAUUACGGGAGGGAGUGCGGGGGAAUAG